AUGCUUCAAGCUGAAGGAGAGCGAAUUCUCUACCGAGUGGUCACUGACCUAGGUUACAAACCUCAACGAUUCUAUGACAGCACGAUACUUCAACAAGAACUCAAUACGAAGUUCUUCGCCACGAUCGUGACACCUGGAAGGGAGCAUCUCGCCCUGUACGUUCGCGCGUUUUCCCUUCGAGCUUUGAAGGCCAUGAAAAACCUCAAAUUCCUGUCGUUCGGCUCGGGUCGUCCGUCUGCAGAGUUUCUAGAAGGGUGCACAUUUCAGCUUGAAGUCCUCCGAUGGGAGUGUACGUACGACGAACUUACCCUACGACGCCUCCUACCACUUCAACGAUCUUUAACCCAUUUCUUCACCGAGAACUGGAUGCUUUUCAAUGAGAAUCCUGUUCUUGUGCCUACUUUGAAAGUACUUGGAGGCAGGUAUACGGUUAUCCGGCAUUUUCUUCCUGGAAACCAUAUCGAGUGUCUGCUCUGGCAAGCAGACCUUGAGGUAUAUCCAGUUGAUCACCUUGCUCUCGAAUUGAAUCGGUUGCACGCUUUAUCAUUGAGAGGUUCUUAUGCGGGAAAAGUUCUUGGGACCGUCAAGGGCCACUUGGCUUCUCUGCAAAUCCUGGAGUUCUGGGAGCCUCCUUACGCUGAAGAGCUCCGAUGGCUUCCUCAGAUUCCGAGACUGGAGCAUCUUAUCCUGAGCUCUUGGAAUAAGCCAACCCCAGAAGUUGGCAUGCACGAAGAUACUGUUCAACACCUAUUCGCUCUGAACAAAGUUCUUCAAUAUGUUGAUAUAUAUGUCGAACACACGGCGUACGAACGUUGGCAUCGUGGUUCUAUCAAGCCUCUGGAGAAACUCGUUGAUGGAUUGGACACGAACUAUGGAUGGCGUGGUGUCUACACUAGCUUCGACGAUCCGUUCACGAUCCAUUGGCUGAAAGCGUUAACAGUUGAGGGAUCUCGACUUUGCAGCACGCUUACGGGACCAGCCAAGGAGGUCGAUCGGUGGCUGUGUUAUUUUCCUCCCGUCUCACUCCCUCUAUCUUCCAACACCCCUUCAUGCCCCACCUACAAUUACCCUGAAGUAUUGACAGCUCCUCGAGCUGUCCGCCCAAAGACACAAUCCCACAAUAUCGCCAUCCUUCUCCUCGGAAAGGUGACCAAGAAUAGACCCUGCUUAACCUGCUGCACCGAUGCCGAUAGGCGAACGACUGCGCUGUCUAAGACCGAUCGCACGCGGCCUUGUUGCUGCACCUCCGAGUUUUCUAACACACCCGUUCGGCCUCCGUCAUCGGAAUGA